CAUUUUCAAAAUAUUGAGCAGAGUGAGUUUCAUCUUCUUCCUCGCCGGAAUCAAUGAAUAUACUGAGGCGAUUCUCGGCGAAUUUGAUUGCGAGCAGAUAUUACUACACUAACAGAGUUAAAAAGACGACACUUUACUCCAAAAUCAGUCCUUUAGGAGACCCUAAAUCAAGUGUCUACCCAGAACUCCAAAACUGGGUUCAAGGUGGUAAAAAGGUCUCUGUUGCUGAGCUUAUCCGCAUCGUUCAUGAUCUUCGUAGACGCAAACGCUUCCUCCACGCUCUCGAGGUCUCGAAAUGGAUGAACGAGACUGGUGUAUGUGUGUUCUCUCCAACAGAGCACGCUGUUCAUCUUGAUCUCGUUGGUAGAGUUCAUGGAUUCGUUUCCGCAGAAGAGUAUUUCGAGAACCUCAAGGAACAGUACAAGAAUGAUAAGACUUAUGGAGCGCUUUUGAAUUGUUAUGUCAGGCAGCAGAACGUUGAGAAGGCUCUGUUGCAUUUUCAGAAGAUGAAGGAGAUGGGUUUCGCAUAUUCGUCUCUUACUUACAACAACAUUAUGUGUCUUUACACGAAUAUGGGUCAGCACGAGAAAGUUCCCGGGGUUUUGGAUGAGAUGAAGGAAGACAAUGUUGCUCCGGAUAAUUAUAGUUUCAGGAUCUGUAUUAAUGCUUUUGGUGCUAUGUCUGAUCUUGAGAGGAUUGGUAUGAUCUUGCGAGAUAUGGAGAGACAGCCGGAUAUUACCAUGGACUGGAACACUUAUGCUGUUGCUGCAAAGUUCUACAUAGAUGGUGGUGAUCGUGAUAAAGCGGUUGAGCUUCUGAAAAUGUCUGAACAUAGAUUGGAGAAGAAAGAUGGGGAAGGUUAUAAUCAUCUCAUUACGCUCUAUGCUAGGUUAGGGAACAAGACAGAGUUAUUAAGGUUAUGGAGUUUGGAGAAAGAAGCUUGUAAAAGAAGAAUAAAUCAGGACUAUCUAACUGUGUUGCAGUCGCUAGUGAAGAUUGAUGCUCUCAAAGAAGCUGAGGAAGUACUAACGGAAUGGGAAUCAUCCGGAAACUGUUACGAUUUCCGAGUCCCUAACACUGUGAUUCGUGGGUAUACUGGGAAAAGUAUGGAGGAAAAGGCAGAAGCAAUGCUUGAGGAUCUAGCAAGGAGAGGGAAAUCUACUACACCUGAUUCUUGGGGCCUUGUGGCUACUGCUUAUGCGGAAAAGGGUGUUUUAGAUAAUGCUUUCAAGUGUCUGAAAACUGCCUUGGGUAUAGAAGUGGGCAACAGGAAAUGGAGACCAGGGUUGAAGCUGGUCUCUAGUGUUUUGAGAUGGCUGGGGGAUGAAGGAAGCUCAAAAGAAGUAGAAAGCUUUGUUCCAUCUCUUAAGAGUUGUAUCGGUGUGAACAGACAAAUGUAUCAUGCUCAUAUCAAGGCUGAUAUAAGAGAAGGUGGAAGUAACAUUGAUACUCUGUUGCAGCGCAUGGGAGACGACAAAGUUGAAAGGGAUGAAGAAACCACAGUGAUUCUCAGCAGUAGAAGUCCAUGCUGAAAGUUGAGUCUAGCUACAACAAUAAUAUUUGAUACCACAAGCACCUGAUUCAUAUCUCUAGACUCUGAUUUCAGAACAUCUGUAGAAUCAUAUGUACAAGAUAGUCCUCUGUUCUUUUUCAGAUGCAGUGUACUUUCAUAUUGAAUUAGUAGGACACAAAGUUGGAGCUUUGGCAAUUUGGUUCCAUUUUUAUUGAAGUUUCUAUUCACUCUGUAACAAUUAGUCGAUUUUUAUUUUAUUUCUGUCGACUAACUA